AUGACUGGUCAGAAAAAUUAUGACCCAGAGCCAGCUAGAAUCCAGGAAGUCGGUGUAUAUGAAGAAGAGCUGCCAUUCCAGCACAAACCUGCUCUUGCCUUUAUAUUAAAAAAUGUGACUGGUGCAGUGAUUGGUCACGGCACAUCAAAAAUAAAGGACAUCCAGAGUGUGACAAACACCAAAACACAGAUCAUAAGGGGUCAUCCCAACCCAGAGGUAAAAAUUUUAGGCAGCAAGGAGAUAAAAGCCAAGGCAAAGCAGCCAUAGGAACUGUUGUUUAAAAACAAGAAAGAAGUUACAAUUCAGAAUACAGUGUGGAUAAUGCUGCAUUCCUGACCCUCUGUUGGAAGAGACUUAAUCACAGACAACAUUCGUAGAGAAGUCUGGCCAUUGAUAGACUGGGAUCAAAUUAAGGCAGAAGUUGCAGACUGAGAAAAAAGUCAAUGGGCAGAUUUACCACCAAUUAAAAAGAAAAACUUUUACAUAGAAUCUGAAUCAAGAAGUUCACUGUCUCAAGUGGAGGUGAGCAUCUGGAGAAAGGAAAAUUUCAAGGUAUUCUGUGAUGACUUGAACAUUGGUGAAAAACGUGCUUUCCCCAAGCCAAUUUGUAAAUUUGAAGAUGCUUUCCAGAAUUAUCCUGACUUGAUGAAAAACAUUUAAAAAGCAGGAUUUCAAGAGCCAACAACACCAAUUCAAUCAUGGGCAUGGCCAGUUGUUCUACAAGGGACAGAUCUUACAGUAGUUGCCCCAACCAGAACAGGAGAAACACUGUCUUCUUUAUUGCCUAGGUUUAUUCAUGUCAGUUCCCAACCAACACCUAGAAGACAAAGCACAGGACCUGGCCGAGUCCUUACACCAACAAGAAAAUUAGCACUCCAGGUGGAGAGUGAAUGUUCUAAGUAUUCAUAUAAAAGUCUUAAAAGUAUUUGUAUAUAUGGUGGUACAGAUAAAAAAGAACAAGUAAAAAACAUCGCCAAAGGCAUAGACAUCACUAUUGCGAUCCCUGGGCAACAAAUGAACAACUUUGUCAACCUAAGAAACAUCACCUACUUAGUCUUAGAUGAAGCUGAUAAAAUGCUAGAUCUGGGAUUUUAACAGCUGAUAAUGAAGAGUUUAUUACGUGUGCACCCAGACCGGGAGACUAUUAUGACAAGUGCAACUUGGCUAGAUACCAUUCGUCGACUUGCACAAUCUUAUUUGAAAGAGCGUAUGAUUGUUUCUGUUGGUUCUCUAGAUUGAGCUGCUGUAAAUACAGUGAAGCAAAAUACAAUUGUUACUACAGAAGAAAAAUGAUCUCCUGUCCAAAAACUCCUAUACUGCCUGGCAUCCAGAGACAAAGUCAUCAUGGUUGUUAGCAGAAAACUUGUUGCUGAUGACUUAUCCAACAAUAUAAGCACCCAAGGCCUAUCACAAUCACUGCAUGGAAACAGAGAACAGAGUGAUUGUGAGAAGUCACUGGAUAACUUUAAAAGUGGAAAUGUUCAAAUACUGAUUGCUACUGAUUGCUACCGAGGUCUUGAUGUUAAUGAUGUCACACACAUAUGUAAUUACAAUUUCCCACAGAAUAUUAAAGAAUAUGUACACAGAGUAGGGCGUCCUGGAAGAGCAGGGAAGACUGGCAUACCCAUUACUCUUGUGACUAGAAAUGAUUGGAAGAUUGCUCCUGAACUGGUUAAAAUUUUGGAAAUAGCAAAUCAAAGUAUCCCUGAAGUUCCUGUAACAAUGGCUGAACAAUAUAAAUAA